AUGAAGUCAAAUCAUUUGGAAGAAAUAGUUAUCGAUUUAUGUAAAAGACACAGUCAAGAUGCAAUUCUAAUUGACAAAUCAAUCAAAAGAAAAUGCAAACUUUUCAGUAGACAUAUAAUGUUUUUUGCAAGAUAUAUCUACAAUUUAAGAUUAUCAGACAAUAGAUGGAAUCUCACUCACUUUGUAAAAAUGAAACAUUUCGAUAAAUUAUCAUCGUCACAUUACUGGACUUACGAGCCACUCGAAAAUAUUUUACCAUCCAAAAAAAUCACCAAUACUAGUAAUAACACCACUAAAUCUAACAUUCGUAACAAUUCCAAUUCCAAUAUCAAACCCUCCAAAAACAAUAAUAAAUCAACUAUUACAACUCCAAAAAUUGAAAAAGAAACAAUUAUUCCGUUUUCCAACUAUCUUGGUUUAACGGGCCAACCACCUACUGAAAAAUUCGAUGUCGCCGAUCAUUACUGGACUAAUUUACCACUUGAGGCAAUCUUACCAUCAAAAUCAAAAUACAAAAAUACCAAAAAUAAGAAAAAUUCCUCUUUUACACCUUCAUCUAUAAACCUUAAUUUAUUCACCAAAUACGAGCGUCUAAUGAACAAAAAUAAAAGAUAA